AUGGUAGAGGCAGUCGUAUUUGAAUCACACCAAAUAAAAAGGAAAGAAGCCUCAGUUUCUGCAGGUUGGGCAUGGCUUCCAAGUGAGCUUUUGGAAUUGAUACUAGACAAAUUGGUACUCAUCUGUGACUACAUCCAGUUCGGUGCAGUUUGCAAGCAUUGGCAAUCCGCCGCUAAACAACAUAAACAGCAAUGGAUGAAAUUUUGUCACAAACAGCUUCCUAUGCUGAUGCAGAUUACUAGAAACCGCAACAAAAGCAAUGCUGCCUUCUUUAGUAUCUCGCAGGGAGGUAUGCUAAGGCAGUUGAGCUAUGUACCUCAUUACAACAAAAAGGGAGUUGAAUUAUAUUCCUCCCAUGGUUGGUUAGCUUAUAAUGACAAGUUGGUUCUGACCUUCUUGAACCCUUUUACUGGAGAUACUAUUAGCCUUCCACCAAUUAUAGAACCUACCGAUGCAGUACAAGAUAUAUUGGAUUCUCCCUCUACGCGCAUUUAUCAGGUUGCAUUGUCGGCUGACCCUUGUUUGAAUCCCAAUGUUUAUGAGGUUCUAGUACAAUAUUGGCUUUAUCCUCAAACCCUUCUAGCUCAUUUUAAUUCAGCAGAUGCUACUUGGACUCAAAUAGGUGAUACAUCGUUAGCGUUGAACGUUCUUGAUGCACUUUAUUAUAAAGGCCAGUUUGUUGCUCUUACCGUGUUCAAUGAGGAAUUUCCCUCUAUCUAUGUCAGCGGCAUUACAACUACAUACCAACAGUCUGCUCUAGGUACAGCUAGGAAAUAUAUUGUGGAAUCGUCCGCGGGAGACUUAUUGUUGGUUAGGAUAAAAGGAUUUGAGUCUGAUGAGAAGAGCAUACAAGUUUACAAGUUGUUGCGUGCUGCUAGGGGUAGACCCAAAUGGGUAGAGAUUGAGAGUAUCGGAACUGAUGUUCUGUUUUUGGGUGGAGGAGAACCUAUUUGCGUCUCUGCUUUAGAGUUUCCAGAAUGUCAUCCAAAUUCCAUAUACUUCACGGAUGGUGUCUUCUACUUAGAAAACAGAAGAAUGGAAAGGCAUAACUGCGUGAAUAAACACAAGGAACGGACACUAUUAUGGAUUUUGCCCACUAUUGUGUGA